AUGCUGAUCGACGAUAAUGUGCGUAUUGAAUAUCUUGGUACAAAUCCGGCACCUGAUGUACCAAUUUUCUCUGUAGUUCUGACCUCAGUAGUCUGCCACACGAUUAUCUUUUAUAAUCUUCCAGCAUCAACUACACCAAUGAUGAAGACUUACAUCAUUUCUACUAUUCAUGCUGUCGUUAGUGUUCUAAGUGUAUGUACAUUCUAUCUGCGAUAUACUGUCGACUUAACUCAAAUAAACCGAAUAGCAGGUGGAGGCAUGAAGGGAACAGGCGAUGAAAUUAUGGCAUACAGUAUAUGUUAUUCCAUAGGCUAUUUCAUCUAUGACUUUCUAAUUAUGUUGCUCUUUAAAUCGGCCCGAACUACAUCAGCAUUAGUUCAUCAUGUAAUUAUUAUAUUGGGGUUAUUGUCAGGUCUUUUCGCCAAAGUUGGUCAUUCUUGCCAUUUUUAUUUGCUUAUUGAAGAGUUCUCAACAAUUCUACUAAAUUUAAAAUCAAUGUAUUAUGAUCGACCAUAUGCUCACCAUUUAUUAUCAGUAUUAUUCGUGAUCAGCUUUCUUUUCAGUCGUAUAUUAUACGGAACGAUCAUUUGUGGUUAUGCUUUUCGAACUGCACCUCGUUUUAUUCAAUUGGCUGUGAAUGCAGGUGACACAACAACUUUAAUAUUCGUCGUGGUACAAACUGUACUUUGUCUCUCGUUAAGAUGCCUAAAUUUCUAUUGGGGCAUUUUAAUUAUUCAUACAGGAAUGGAUAUGAGUAGUGACGACGAUGAAUUUGACGAUGAUACAACUGAUUAUGAUGAAUUCGAAAUUACAGAUGACGACGAGGACGACGAUACUGAUGAUGAUAUUGAUGAAUCAGAAUCAGAAUCACAGCCAACACAUUUUCAUGAAUGUCUUCGUUUACUUGAUGGUGCAUUGAAUACAAAUAAUCCACCUGUUCUUCCACGAUGGUGUGCAAGUGAACAAAUUGGAAUUAUUGAUGAUCCGAUGUUAUUAAUUAAUGGCCAUAAGAAAUGUUUAACAUUACCAAUGGACAAACGAGAAGCCCGAAGAUUUAUCCGAAAAGCUGUACCAUUGGAUAUGAAAAUUGAUAUUGUCGAUGGAAUUUCCUUUUCACCAUCGUCUUGUCAAUUGCCGGCAAAUUCAUUUAGUAUCUUAAAUCCCGAAUGGACAACAAAAACAGAAUCUUAUCUAAAACGUUCAUGUGUAGCACAAACACUGGAACUAGAUCCGAAUCAAAUAGAAUUAAAAGUAUCAAAUUUAGUGUUACUUGAACCAAGUCAAUUUCCACGACAAUUUACCUGGUCAAAGAAUGAAAUAAAUCCGUUAGCUAUAGCAAAAUUAUUUGUUAGUUUACCAUCUUCAUAUAAAGGUGGAAAAGAAACAAUAACAUAUCAAAAAGAAAAACACGUAUUUGAUUUAUCGGAAAAAGAUUCAAUAAAAUCAACUUUCUAUACGAUUGUUCCCGCGAGCGAUGAAUGCAAACAUGAAAUUGAUUUUAUAUCUGGUGGAUAUAAAUUAAUAUUGAUUUAUGAUAUUAUUCCAUUAACGCCAACUGUUUUCUAUAAUGUUUAUAUCGAUGAAACAACAGCAAUGCGUGUCGGAAAAGUUUUAGAAACAUGGACUCAUGGUUUGGAACAUGAUUAUCAUGGUUAUUCAUCGAAAAUAAUUAUUCCAUUUUGUGAUUCAUUUCAUUUGGGAAAUAAUUUAAUUUUACAUGGAAUGGAUCGAGUUCUAGGAACGAUUCUUCGAAAAACUAUUGAACAAUAUUAUUCAAAUAAAUAUUUACUUUAUCAAGGUCUUAUUCAACCGAACAGAUCUAAUGAUGGGACGGUACACGCUUGCCGAUUAUUAACGGACCUUAAUUUAAUGGUUCCGACAAAUAUAAAUACGCUUUUGAAUAAAAUUGAUUUAUGUUUGGGAAAUUGUAAUGAAACUUUUUCAGGAAAUAUUUUUUCAAGAAAAACAAGAUCGGAACAAGGUAACUUUGUAAAUUUGGAACAAUUGGUUGUCCCCAUCUGGUGUCUUGUUCCUAUUAGUCAUAAAUAUGACCUUUUAAUUGACAAUAUUCCACGUGUAUUAACACAUCUGGAACAAAAUUUAAUUCCUCAUCAUUGUUAUCAUAAGGAAACAUUUUUAUUGAUUGAUUGGCUAUUAAAAAGUUCGAAGAAGAUCCAUUUCAAUGCUAAAUUACUUCUUCAUCAAUUACUUCGUCUGUCGUCAGAUGAUACAAUAACCUAUGAUCUUAUUAUUACAAUUCGAGAAUUAUUCGAACAUAAAAAGUUUCUUGAACAAUUUUUUCCAAUGACUAAUGAACAAGAAUAUGACGAUAUUAUUUAUCUUUUAACUUAUUCGAAAGAUAAAAAAAUUCAAUUAUAUCUUCAUCAAGUUUUUCGUACUGUACUUAAACGACGUUCACGCGAUACAGAUACAAUCCGAGAUGCUAUUAAAUUCAUUGGAAUAUUGUUAUCGCGAAAUGUAAAUUCUAAUUUUUUACUUGUGCUUAUUCAUGAGUUACUUUCAAAUAUAUUUCAAGAAAAUAAUCCAGUACCACCAUCAGUAACUGAUCUUGCUAAUUUACUUGCGCUCUUAUCAUUUUCAGUUGAUUCUUAUGACCUAUCAUGUCAAAUUAUUUCUCAAGAAAUUAUUCGACAAAUAAACAUAACAAAAGUAACUACAACGAACACAUCAACUAUUACUAAUCUUUUAAGGACUGUUCUUGUACCGACUAUUAUUCAAAUUUAUCGAUAUUUUAUAAAUGAACAUCAGAUAUGUCGAAAAAGAAAACGUGACUCAAUGAUUAAUUUUCCUUCUUGGUUUUUAUCACUUUAUCAAACAUGUCUUUCACUACUCAAUAGUUAUUGCAAUAGUCCUCCGCCGAUUCCAACUUAUGCUAACCUUUCGAAUAUUUUUGAUACUCAUUGCUGUUCAAUCUGCGAACAAUUAUUUAUUUUUCUUCGAGAUACAAGAACAUUUGAAAAUACAUUCAUUAUUCCAAAAGAUAAAAUUGGUCAUUUUAAUAUGAUUGUGAAUAAAUUUGAUCCAUUAAUUAUUAUGACAAAAUCCAUGAUAUCAGAUAAAGAAAGUCACCAGAUAAAUAUUAUUAAAAUGACAACAUGCGAUGAAGAAAUAUGCCGUGAAAAUAAUCUUCUUCGUUCAUUGCUUUCUCAUUUUCAAUUGUCAAAUCAGGCUGAACAUCAGUCUGAUACGACGAGAAAGAAACGGUUUAAACCGUCGAUGUAA